GCCACAUUCAUGCAAUGCCGCAAAAAUGGUGAUUUGAGGUUUCGAGCAAAACACCCCUGUUCGAAACUUGCAAGAAAGAGGGAGGAGACUUGGGAUCUUGCAUGCUGCAGGAAAGAGGAGUGUGUGCUGUCCAGGUUUCACUGCCAUAGGCGACAGAAGAGUCCUUCACGGACGUACUGCUGGUCAAUGCACCAAGCAGCAAGACCGCUUUGCCCAUCUCCAGAACGAACGGACGCUGAAGGAACCUUUUGAGGUCCUCACACAAGGCGUGUUCCUUGGGUUUUGCAGGAUAGGAGCCUGCAUGUUUGCUGGUUUGACCUACAGAGCUUCAAACACAAUAAGAAAGUGCAUGCACGCUGCCACGCUUUAGUUGAUUGAGGUGUUGCAAUACAAGAGCAGCUGAAAGCAGCCGAAGGCAACAAAGGAAGCAUCGCUUCUUCAUUUAGAGCUAUUGAGAGCUUUUCGCCGCUUGAGUUUUGUCCUUUGGACUAGAUUUGAGCUAAUGCAGGCGCUCACAGAUCAGGCCAACAAUUUUGCCAGUCACUUUGAUCCCUAGUACAUAUUUGAAAUCUUCAAAGAGUGGAUGCGAACAUGGCCGCGGUUAACUGCUUGCAUAGACACCUGUUGACCGGAACGGUUGCUGCAGUUGCUUGGGGGGAUGGCCACAGGGCACACCACCCCCAUCGACAGGUCAAAGGAGCAACCCCACAAUUUAAAUCUUUGUGUAAAUAUUCUGGCUCCAGCCGAUUGUCUUCGGGGGCCUCGGCUUUCGUUCGGCCUUCAAGGGGCCUAGAUCAGCUGCGUAUGGUCAGAGCAGUUCCGUAUCCUGCAUGUGAAAGUAGGAGGAGAACUUCUAGAAUGCAGUACUCUGCCGAGGGGGGCAACCACUCUCUCGCUGCGCAUGGGCCAUCGGAAAGAGAUCAAGAAGCUAUGGUUCCUUCUGAGAAGUCUGCCAGCAAACAGGUUCGUGACGUGCAAGGACUGGUUUCGUUGAACGGAAUCCUUCAAGGCGCCCUCAUGGCGGCACUCCUGCAAGGAAUUGUGGAUCCUGCGGCUAUCUUGGCGGCCUGUGUGCUUGGUUUGACUAUCACCAUGGUGGACACCAAGGAUAUCCGAAGCAUUCUCCAGAAGGCCAACUCCCUGGUUACAUCGAGGACGCCAUCCCAACAAGAGCUGCAAAGCAUCAUCAGCAAUCUGGAGCGCCUCCUCCAAGAAUCCCGGGCAGACCCCGACCCCGCAGUGGCGCUGCGGCACAAGAAGGAGCUGGAGGCCGCCAUGAGCGUCCUUCUCCAAAGCAACAGCGCCGCCCUUCCUAGCAGCGACAGCACCAACAAGCGCAUCACGGGGAUCAUUCACCAAGUCUUGGAACAACUAGGAAAGGGGCUCAACUCCGUGGAAGGUUCGCUUUCAGGCGACCAGCUGCAGACCGCCCUGGCCCCCGUGGUCGCCGCAGCAGCCGCCCGCUUCCAGCCCAUGACGGACUCCCUCUCAUCCAGCGCCAGCCAGAUCCCCUCCAUACCCACGCUACUCCGUUACGUUCUGAGCACGUUACCCCAGGUCGGGACUUCCGUAUCGGACGAGAUCACCACCUAUGCGCCGCAGGACGAAAGCCUGCAAGAGGAGUGGGACUUCAUUACGAAAGAGCGCAGGAAGAAGGCGGCAAUCUAUGUGCCGCUCGCGCUCUCAGCGCAGCUAAGCACCAGCCAGCCCAUCAGCGUAAAGGUGUACGACCAGACCUACGUGCUGUGGCGUCCGCGUCCAAAUGAAGUUGCCGCCGUCCCCGACGCGUGCCCGCACCGCGGCGCGUCUCUAUCGAUGGGCUCGCUUGUGGGCACCGCAAAGGAGGGCAAGUGCGUCAAGUGCCCGUACCACGGCCUCGAGUUCAACGCCGCUGGCAGCUGCAACAAACCCAACAUCUUCACGGACAGCCUCAAUGUGGUGGAAGCGAAUGGGCUGGUGUGGAUGAAGGAUGAUCCCCUCACUCCGACCGAUCUUCUGGAAAGUGACGCCGAUGAGGUCGAUCUAGCGCCAUUCCUGAGGGGCUUCCACGAGGCCCUCGGGGCCCCCAUCCCCGAGCAGAACUUCCUCGACGCCUACAGCGGCCAGGAGACGGAAGGGGGGUCGGAUGAAGCAGGCGAUGUGCCCCCCUUCAACGAGCACUUCGGCAUCGGGGGGUUCCGCUCCAUGGGCGGUUAUGUCGACAUCGCUGCCGCGCCGAAAGCUGUGGUCGAUAACACGUUCGAUCUGCACCACAUGACGUACGUGCACAAGACGACAUUCGGGGGCGGGGAGCUUAUCCGCACGUGGAGGCCCGAUGACUUCACCAUCUGCUUUGAGUACGGCAUGAGCCGCACCAACCCGUUCACGUCCUUUUUCGGCGACGGCCGCGUGCUGGUCAAGAUGGAGCGGUCGCCGCCCUACUCGGCCAUGGUCACUGUCGGCGACUCGCGGGAUCGUGUGGUCAUGAAGACGCUGACGCACGUCGUGCCCAUGUCCGAAAAUAGCAGCCGGCUUAUUUGGCAGUUGCUCCGCAACUUCGGCACUCUGCCAAUCAUGGACCCGGUAUUCAAGUACUCCGUCCAACGGAUCCUGAGUGAAGACCAGGCGGUGCUGGAAGGGGUCAAUCUGAGCGGCGUCCGGGAGGGGAUGGACUUGGGCAUCUGAUCACUUCGUUUACUAGAGCGCGCGUGUACAUAUUGUUCCGAUGUAUGUAAUUCAAACUUGGGCGGUAGAAACGUGGGCGGUUCGGCGAGUAGUGGAUUUUUAAUAUCGUACAUAAUAGUGUGAAUAUAUAAGCGUGUGACUACAGUAGCUUGGGGAUAAGAAGCAUUGCACAGCAUACUUGGUUCCUCAGGGCCGAUAUAAACGUGGUAUAGGUCGAGUGCGUGGGCAAAAAUGACGUAGCUUUUAGUGCCACAAUCGGAGCAAUAGAGGUGUUGGACCAUCGCUAAAUUUGCUGCAGACAUGCAAGAACACGUGUCGUAAGAUUCAAACAUUGUGGUAGGCAGGUUUCGUCAAAGCGAGGUUAGUAAGUACAGUAGACUGUCGACGGCCAUAUAUGCAGAUCUCAGUGGUACCCAUUACUGGUAAGGCUGUGCAAAGUUAACAUAGUGGGGUGAGCUUGAAGAAGGUAAAUUUGUUUUGAGACAGAUGCAAGUGGUCGGUAGAAUUCUGCGAUUUGUUUGCAGCAGACAUAAUUGAUUGCGAGUAACCAUCGAUUUCAUCAACAGCGGCAGCGCUGCUGAUAAAACGUUUUUAUACUUGACUUCGUGACUGUGAUCGAUCAUUUUGUACUACACCUCAUUG